CUCUAGUUUCUCACACAGAUGCUGCUGCUGGGUCAGUGUUAUGCCGUCUAUUAAUAAUAACAGAGUCAAAAGAAACACAGCGAGGAGGAGAAGAAGAAGAAGGGGAAAAUCCACAUCACCGCUUCUCCUUUUUUCAACCCGCAGGGAUGUGCCAAAUAAUGUGACAUAACCCCGCUUCAACUUUCGACAAAACGCCUUUUAUCCACCUUUUUAUUCGUCUUUUUUUACAGGUGCCAUUGUCUCGUUCACCUUUCACACUGCUGGCAUACAGUCAGUGACUCUACUCGGGGCACUUUAUUGGGGUCAUCCAUCUGCACGGGCGGCUGCGGAUUGUUGGUAAACACGAAUCGGAUCCCGCCGACAAGGACUCCCUCUGGUGCAUUGAUGCACCCGUUUCAGUGGUGUAACGGGUGCUUCUGUGGUCUGGGACUGGUUUACUCCAACAAGUCGUGCACCAUGCCACCCAUCACCUUCCAGGACCUGCCUCUUAACAUCUACAUGGUCAUUUUUGGGACUGGCAUCUUUGUCUUCAUCCUGAGCCUCAUCUUCUGCUGUUACUUCAUCAGCAAACUACGACACCAAGCCCAGAGUGAGCGGUUUGGAUACAGAGAGGUGGUUUUAAAAGGAGAUCCAAAAAAGUUGAAUCUUCAUGGGCAGACGUGCGCCGUGUGUCUGGAGGACUUCAAAGUCAAAGAUGAGCUGGGAGUGUUGCCAUGCCAACAUGCUUUUCACAGGAAGUGUCUGGUAAAGUGGUUGGAGGUGCGCUGCGUCUGCCCCAUGUGCAACAAACCCAUAGCAGGCCCCCCGGAGCAGCACCACAGCAUAGGGACUCUUUUGGAUGAACUGGUGUAACCUCUCAGCUCCUGCCAGCCUGGGUGGGAUGGCGCCGCCCGGGCCAGACCAGCCGAUAUAAGUUAGCGACCAACAGAAGAGGGACACUGUUAUGCUGUUACACCAUUGGGGUAACCUGGUCACCACCAGGAGAAAGGGUCUGAAGGAUGCCGUUGCAUAGCAACCAUCUCAGAGAUGGCAACUCAUCACCUUGAGGCGUCUGAGAGAUUAUCUCCAGCCACCCACACAUCACUCCACCACUCUUCUUUCAAGAUCCCCCUCUUCACCCGCUCUGUCACAUCUUUUGUUGUUGCCUCCAGUCAGGUUAAAUGCACCACUGAAGAAGAGUUUCAUUUUUCACGGCAUUGUGGACAAGUGAGUGUUGAAGGAUGGCAGCGUUGGGCAGGAGGCACUGAAUGUAUGAGUGUUUAUGUCACUGUGGUCACUGAUGUGAAAUGAUAUCAAUAUUGGCUGAGGUUAUUAAAACUCUUGCUAAAUUCUUUCAGACAAGAGGUUUGAACACAAAGCCACAGAGGAAAUCAUAUUUCAACAUCCCCUCGCACAAGAACGUGUUGACAGAAGGUACACUGCUAACAACACAUUAAAUUCCAAGCAUUUAUAAAGGUAGAACAAGGGUUUAACAAAAAUGUGUGGAGCCGUCUAGAAACGUCCAGAAGAGAUUAAAUAAUACUAUGGCGAAGACACAGACAGGGUUGAUUAAAACAGCUUUCAAGGAGAUAAUUUGUGAUUUGUGCCUAAGAUUAUGAAUUGAAGUCACACUGGUUAAAAAAAUGAUGGAAAAGGUGGAUUCAGGUGUCAUCAGUGGGACCUAAAUUGUUCAUAUUAGAAGAAGAAGCUCAAGCUGUAGUCCACAUGUAGCAAAGUAAUCAGUAUUUCCAUCAAGUCAAACCAAUAAUUUCUUUUGCUGAUGUGCGAAACUGAUACUGAUGUGUAAAAUUCAUGUCGGUGCCCACCUCUACCGUGAUAUCAUGUGUGUUCUAUGUGUAGUUUUCCCACUUUGAUGUUUUAUUGUUCAGACAUGUUUUUACUGUGUUAAUAUACAGUAGAUGAAAGCAACUGACGCGUCCUGCCUUCCACUGUAACAGUUUGGUUAUUUGUUGUAAUAUGUUAAUGUUUUUUAGAUACUGCACUUUAAAUUCACUGAAAAACAAACAGCCUUUGUUCUUCUAAAAUGUUAGACUAAGGUUUGGAUGCAGCACUUGUUUUCAUGUGUGGUGAAUCUUUUAUAAAAGUCUGUGAAGUAUCUGAGAUUUAGCCUCAUCUGAAGAGAAGGGAAGCAGCAGUGUAGAGCCUCGGUGUUGUUCUAUGAAUUCAUCUCAUACAUUUCUGUGGGAUUAUUGCUGAUGAUUCUGCUUUUGCAUUCCUCAGUCAUUGUUUUUUUUUGUGUGUGUGUGAUUAACAGCUAUUCAGAAAGCGAAACACUGCCUAAAAUUGAGCACAAAACUCACAAAAGCACAUUGCCCAGAUACUGAAAGCUCCUGCACUGUAAUUAAAAGCCAAACACUGACAUGUGAGGCUGUUGAAUUCACAUGAGUCUGCGUGCCAUGAAAAGAAAAAAAAGAAAAUGUCGAGAAGAGAUUUCUUUACUCUGAUUCUGGCCACAUUCCACAUUUUGUAAUCCAAACAGAUGUAAAUAACUUCAAACAAUAAUAAAUACAGUUGUCUGUUUUGUUCA